AUGUGUAUAAGAGACAGAAAAUAUGCUGUUCGAACUAUUAUAUUUUGCAAAAGAAAGAGACAUUGUAGAGAACUUUAUGAAACUUUCAUAACUGCUUUAGGCGAUGAUGCAUAUGACUUCACAGUUGAAACAAAAGAUGAUAGAAGCCGAUUUGUGGCUAUGUUUCAACAAGGAACAGAUUCACAGGUAAAGGAGACAAUAAUAUCAUCAUUUGCUGAUCACGAUGGAACGAUACGCGUGUUGUUCGCCACCAUUGCAUUUGGGAUGGGUAUGGACGUAAAAGGACUUGAAAACAUUAUUCAUCUUGGGCCACCAAAUGAUCUGGACGAUUAUUUACAGGAAACUGGCCGUGCAGGCCGAGAUACAUCUGUACAAAGCUAUGCUAUAUUAGUUAAGUACAGCCAAAGUGUUACUAGAGUUUCCAAAGCUAUGAAUGAGUAUGUAAAUGGAAAUGAAUGUAGGAGAAAAAAAUUAAUGAGUUAUUUUGACUGUAAACCAUCUGAUAUGGUGAAACACUUGUGUUGCGACAUUUGUUCUGCCAAAUGCACAUGUGAAUGUAAUUGUGAUGGUGCAUGUUCCUGUGUACAGCAAUGCACAUAUGCUGGCAAUACAUUGGAACUGAAAAUUCAAAAGGAAAUCGCUCAAGCAGAUUAAAAAAAGUCAGCUUGUUUUGGUAAAAUGUUGAGAUCUAUCUCUAUUGAACAGAAAACAGAGGUACGGAACAAUUUAUAUAUUUAUAGAAAUGAACUAGCAGACAAUUUAACUGAUAAUAAUUUGUUUACUAAUGUAAAUGUUUCAACUCAAUAUAGCAAUCAACUAAUUGACCACAUCAUUAGAGAUCUACCAUACAUUACUGGAAGCACUGUGUUCAUGAAUCAUUUUCAAUUUUACAAGACAGAACAUGCACAACGCUCAUGGGAAAUUGUAAAAUCAGUUUUCCACAACUCACUAUCUAGUCUACAGUCAUUUGAUGGAGAAGACGAAAGUAGUAACGCAAGUUCUUCCUCGAAUGAAGAAAGCAUUUCUGACAGUGAUUCAGAUGAUACAGAAUUGUUCAAACAACCUUUGCUACUUAGUAGUGAUGAUGAUGAUGUAUAAAGUGAUGAUGUAUAUAAGCAUUGUACAUACUUGUUUAGCGUAUUGUAGUAUUUUAUUUUAAAACUUCAACGUUAUAGAGAAUUGAUUUUGAGAUCUGUAAAUAAAGUUGUAUGUAUGAUAAAAUUUGUUUUACGACACUGAUGAUAAAAUUUGUUUUACCACACUGAUCGAUGUAGCCAAAUGUAAUUGUACUGCUCAAAUAAAAACAAAAAACAAAAACCCAAUAAUAUUAAUAGUAACUUUCUCAUCCCAAUAAUUUUAAUUUCAUAAUACUGUAUGUCCAUUUUAUGUUGUACAGUAAACCUGCAGCAUUGAUGAGAUAAUAAGUUCAAGCAUUGUAAAGCAUUUUGUACAUAUGUGUUCAAUAUCUGUCUGAAAUAUAUUCUAAUAUUAACUUUAUGUAUUUAACAAUAUAUUAUUAAUAUAAAUUUAUAUAUUUUCCUAAUAACUUCACGACUGGAUAGAAUCAAAAGUGGUUUUAUUGAUAGAAAACACAAACAGGCAAAGUGAUUCUGACCCAUAAACAGAACAGACAUAAACCUUUAAUACGAUCAAUUAGUUUUUGCAGUCUGUCUUAAUUAACUGUACGAACAUCAAUUGUUACACUUGAGACUACUGAAUGCCAUUUUUGGCUACGAAAUGUA